AUAUGAAAUCCAUUUUCUUUAAUAAAAAGAUUGAUCAUUGUGUGUUAAAUAAAAUAGAAUGAAUGAAUUGAUAGGGAAGGAAAUAUUUGAAUUGAAUGAGGAUGAGAAAAUAAAUAAUUAAGGAAAAAAAAAAAUGAUCUGAUAAAAUUUUAUGUUUGUAAUUGCAGGAAAUUGGCGGGAAAAGAAUAGAUUUUAAAGGGGGAAGAGUAACACGAAUGUUAAAUGUAAUUUUAUUGGUUGAUUAUAAUUUUAUAGGGAUUUUUUUGUAUUGAAAUUUUAAUUAAAAAAAAAGCAUUGAAUCUCAAUUUAAAUAACAAAAUACAUUAGCAUAAAACAAAUGACAGAUAAUAAUACUAAAAAGGUAUAUAUAUAAAUUAAUAAUUUGUUUAGGAAGCACCACCAAAAAGACCAUAAUGUGCAUUCUUUAUUUACAAAUAGGAGGUGUACUAAUAAGUUAAGGAUGCCAAUCCUGGCAAGAAAAUGACCGAUAUAACUAAAAUCAUUUCUGAAUAGUAUAAACAACUACCAAAGGAUAAAAUUGAUUAAUAUGAAUAGAAGUAUAAGGAUAGUAAAGCUAUCUUUGAAAAAGAAAAGAAGUUCUUAUAUCUAUUUACAUUUUUAUAGAGUUUAUGAGGAUAAAUAUGGAAAGAUUAAGAAUGAAAGAAAGAAGAAGAAGGAUGACACUAAAGCUACCAAAAAACCUUAAAAUAAAAAAUAGAAGAAAUAAGAAUCUGAAGAAGAUGAGAGCAGUGAAGAUGAUGAUUGAA